GCCCAUCAUAAAUUCAUUCGCAUCUCCUCUCUCCAAGUCCCAACCUUUUUCAUCAAAAUAAUCAUCUGCCAUUCUGCCUGUAAUAACUCUUUAAUUAUAUGGCUGCCACACAAACACAGCUUAAACGUCACAGAGAUGAAACCACUGAAUCAGUCGAUGAAGAAACCUCAAAGCGCCAAAAAUAUAACCAUCUUCUUUCCAUUCUCGAGGAAGAAGACGAUGAUAAAGACAAACCCAUGCAGGAAAAUUUGUCAGCCAUUUUUACUUCCCUCCAACAAGAGCUCUGCUCUCCUUCGGCCUCUCAUUCUUCCUCUUUUGAGCCUCCUCCGCCUUGCAACACGGCGGAGCAACCCGGUCCGGUGGUCGGACCGGUCGGUCCCAGAACGGGUUUGGAGUUGAACCCGGGAUUUCUCCCUCGUGACAAAAUCGUGGAAGAGGAUGAAGUAAGUGUCAUGAGGCGCCUUCUUGAGGCUUCUGAUGAUGAUCUUGGAAUUCCGAGCGGCGGCGACGUCGUCGACGGCGGCGCGUUGAGCGGAAUCAACGCCGGGGGGUCGCAGGACAAUGAUGGGUUCUGGGAAGUUGAAGAUGAGAUCGCUAACUACUACGGAUUGUUAUUUACUACUUUCAUGGCCUAGUAGUUACGCUAGAUGGUUAGGUGGAGAAUGAAAGCAACAAAAAACACAAGUAUGGGGAGGAAAGUCGAAAAUUUGAAAAGAUGGAGGGGUGAUAGGGGAACUGGAAAGAGGAUUUUGGGAGUAUUUAAUGUGAUACUCUAUAUGUCAAGUUUUUAUCCUCAUUUUUUCACUGUAUAAAAAAUAUCUCACCUCUUCAAUUUGGACAAAUUUGACUUUUACGGAUGUCUUUGCAUAUGGAGGGCACGUUUGGUGAAUCCUUAUCGCUUUAUAUAAAUUGAUUUUUUUUUGGAACAAGAUUG